ACACUUGCAGUGAUGUUUCCAACAAUGAAGAAAGUAAAGACAGACCUAAUGAAACAUGCUUAAUAUCAGUAAAAACAGAAUAUUCUGUUAUUGAAAAUUGUCAUCUAAAUUUGUUUCCUGUUAAUAAUAUCCAUGAGAAGAAAAGUAUGAAUGAAUGCAAUGAAGUUGAAAAACAAUUUGAAAUGUCUAGCAGUUCAGAGAAAAACAUACAAAUGUGUGAAGAGAUGUGUAUAAGAGACAGGAUCAGUAAAUUUAGUCAUUUGGGUCAUAUGAAAAGACAUUUAAAGAUACAUACAGGAGAUCAACCAUAUGAAUGUGAACAUUGUGGAAAGAAGUUUCGUGAAUUGGGUCAUUUGCAGAGACAUUUAAAGAUGCAUAAAAGAGAAACAGCAUAUGAGUGUGAACAUUGUGGAAAGAAAUUCAGACUCAGUCAUGAUUUCAAAAAACACAUUUGA